GGGGGUGAUUCACUCGGGCGAUGAGUCAAUCACGGGGCUAUAAAAGAAAGCAAGCCUGAAGUUUAGUUUCUCAAUGUCCUGCUCCACACAGGGGUAAGCCACCUCUCACUUACAAGACUGUCAGACCACACAGACCUGAGCGCCGAAAUUUCUAAUGCAGGUGUAUUCUUCUCUGGCUCUUCUCUGUACCUUAAUGGCAGCUGGAGUGGCACUAGCAGCCUGCUAUCCUGCAAUCACCGCCGACACGGUCCGGAUCAUGGCCAGAACUGCUGUGGGCAGAAUCAAAAAGAUCAAAGAUGAGCACUUCCAGAUGUCACCUGAAAUUGACUUUGGCCCUGAAACUGACACACCAAUCGAGGGAUUGACCUCCAUUUUGACGCAUCUCGGCUACCUGCAGAUGAGGCUCCAAGUGCCCCCGGCCCACCACCUGAGGCAGCUCCAGGCAGACCUCGAGACUUUGCUGAAUAAUCUGGAGAGAAUGGCCGUCUCUCAGGGCUGCCCACUGCCCAAGCCUGGAAGUAACCUACACAAAGACGAGACUGCGUUCCCCAUUACAUCCAACUACUUGUGCCUGCUGGAGCUGCAGCGGUACUUGGAGAAGCUCUGCCUGAACCUGGACAAGUUAAAAUCUUGCUGAAAGCCAAAAAGUAGCAGCACACAUGUUAAGCUUUGGAAAUGCUCAAGGUAUGCAUAGAUACUUGCACACAGCAUGAAUUCACAAAUACACACAUGCAUACAUUUACACACUGUAAACACACACACACACACACACACACACACACACAGACACAUACGUACAUAUACACAUGCACACAUGCUACAGGAUCAGUUCUCUAAAUAGUGAGGUUAAAGCGCUUCCAUUAUACUUCGUUUUUAAAUCAAAUAAGAAUUUGUUUUGCAUUGCAAGCCACUUGCCUUAUAGAUUACUUUCUGAACUGCAGUUUGAUAUUUUGGCACUGAGUUAUGAUGUGUAUGACUAUGUUUACAGAUAAACUAUUGCUUUAUUUUGUAAUUUAAGAUGUUUUUCGAAGGGGCUUUGAAGGUUUUCUACAUCCGUUGAAACUAUGGCAUAAAAUAUUUGGUGAUUGUUGUAAAGUAUUUAAUUUUAAAAAUGGAUUAAUAUUUUCUAAAUAUUUGUUGGAACACUUUUCACUGAA